AUGCAUUCCAGCUCCAUGCAGUCAAUUGGGAACCAGAUUGGCUACAAAGUUCGAAACAUUGCUCACUAUGGCCAACCACAGAUCGAAAUCAACCUCGACGGUGGCCAUGGGCCUACCGGCCGCUAUGUGACCAGUUACUCCACCAUGGACACCAUCACGGGAACAGUGUCCGUGACCGCCGCCCACGAUACGAGAUUCGAAGAUAUCGAAAUCGCAUUCACGGGCACAAGCCAAGUCUUCGUCGACAGGCUCACCACCACCCCAUCGAUAUCAGGCCGCACCGAAGCCACACAUCGAUUUCUGACCCUCAAGCAACCAAUCAAUGAAGCCGACCUCCCUCAGCCAAGGAGCCUAGUAGCGGGCAAGAAAUAUGUCUUUCCAUUCAUCUUUACAAUACCAAGCCAGCUUCUUCCGCGAGCCUGCCCCCACACAGUGGCCUCGGAUCACGUCCGCGAGACUCAUCUGAUGCUACCACCAAGUCUGGGAGACCCGGACCUAGCCGGCCACAGCGGCGCACUGCUGGAUGAUCUAGCCCCAGAGAUGAGCAAAAUCAUAUACGGCAUCAAGGCUCGGAUAACGCAGAUUCGGGAAGCCGACGGCGCUGUGUCGCUCAUAGCAGAAAAGAUGAAAAAGGUCCGCGUCAAGCCAGCGUUCGAGGAGCAACCCCCACUCAACGUUGAUCCAUUCGACCCCGAAUACCGCAUCCGCCACGAGAAGGUUAUCAGAAAGGGAUUCUUCAAGGGUAAACUUGGUACUCUAACAGCCCAGAGCGCUCAGCCGAAGCCUCUAGUAAUCCCAGGAGCCCGAAGUGUCCCAAAUGCACAGAUAACAACUAUGGCCACCGUUCUGCUACGGUUCGACCCCGCAGAUGAGAGCAAUGCGCCACCGAGAUUAGGGUCCUUGGCGACGAAAAUGAAGGUCUCUACUUUCUACGCUUCAGCUCCAAGGCAGAACUUCCCCGCUCGGGCUUCGCUUGGAAUCGACCUCACACAGGGAGUGUACCAAGAAAGUGUUUCUCUAUCUUCGCUAUGCGUUGGUUCCGCACAAUGGAAGAAGCACACGUCUGCCAGCAAUCCGGCAUUGGAUGACAGCAUCGAACGCCGCGACUCUGGCAUCUCGGACUGCUCCUCGACCUCGGCAAACAAUGCUCGGAACGCUGGGAUCCUGACACAGCCGAAGAACUAUCAGGGCGGAAGUUUCUAUACAGCCAAAAUCCUCGUCCCAAUCACGCUCCCCAACAACAAGAACUUCAUCCCCACCUUCCACACCUGCCUCAUCUCUCGCAUUUAUGGACUCUCACUCCAGCUCUCGAUCCACGCUCCAGGCGUCAGUGACCCUUCAGUCCACCUGAAAGUACCCAUUCAGAUCUGUGCCGAAGGAAGCAUCACCGGAAACGAGAAUGCAAGGGCCCGGAGCGUGGAAGCUUCCGUAGCCCGCGAGGCUGAUAGCAUGUUCACCCCGAGGAGCGUGGCGCCACCGAACCCGUAUGCUCAUGAGAGAGAAGAUCUGCCGCCGGAAUACGCCGUGUAUGCACCUCGUCAUACUUCUGGAGUCACGGUUGUGGGGUGA